CGUCCUCACAACCAACAAACAAACCAAGAAGAAAGAAGCACCACGACAACAGCGACGACGAAGAUGGACCAGUCAACGAGGAGUCAACAGAAGCUGGACGCAAACCUGAGCGUGAACAAGGCUCGGGACCUCAAGCACGGCACACCGGACCUGAUUAGCCAUGGUGGCACCAAGAUCGAAGGAUCCUCCACCCUCAAAUCUGAACAUCCACCGGUCGCGCCAGAGCCCCGCAAGGAUGUUGGCCGUCGCCAACAACUGCGAGAGCAACGGGCGCGUGAGCGAGCCAUGAAAGAGAUUGAGGAGAGGGAUCAGAAGGUCAAGAGUUUGGACGAAGUGCCUGCGCCAGAACCCGUCAAACUAGUGUCUGCACGUGAGGCUCUCGCAGCCACGCUGCAGCCAAAGGGCGAGACGUCAUACCUCAAGGAGGAGCCAACCACCCUGUGGAGCACAAAGACUGGACAGGUCCCAGGCAUGACAGCGACUGUACCUGGAGGAACGUUCAGGCGACAGAACAACUUCACGAGACCAGACAGAGAAGACCAGUGACGCAACGCAAAAGGGGAAGAGUGGGGGGAGGGCUGGCGUGUCAUAACUGUCCCAUGUCACAGGCAAUCAAUAAAGAACAACAC